CGGAGCUCUCCAUCCUGCAUCAGGGCCGUUUCCAGCCUUCUGGAAUCUGAUUAUGUACCAACUUCUCGUGAUCUAAUUCUCUUUACACAAGAGUUCUUCCUUGACAAAAUGCUGCGAAGAACUGCUGGCGAGGUGCUCAAGAAGAGCCCGAACGAUGUGGUCGUUCUAUCCGCCGUGCGGAGUCCCAUCACACGGGCGUUCAAGGGUGGCUUCAAGGACCUCUAUCCUGAAGAGAUUCUAAUGCCAGUCAUGCAAGCAGCCGUUCAACGCGCCAAAAUCGAGCCAGGCCAGGUCAACGACGUCCUCAUCGGCAAUGUCCUCGCAGAGCUCGGCUUCGCUAAGACCGGUCGCAUGGCACUGAAUGCCGCCGGAUUUCCCAAUUCAACCACCUUCCAUACUGUCAACCGCCAAUGCUCGAGCAGUCUCCAGGCAAUCACGCAUGUCUCCCAUUCGAUUCUCUCGGGGCAAAUUGAGGUUGGUCUUGCUGGCGGGGUGGAGAGUAUGUCGCGCAACUAUGCAUCACGAGGGAUCCCCACCGAUGUAUCUACAACGCUGAAAGAUGCGUCUGUGAAGGAUGCUCGAGAUUGUCUUAUGCCCAUGCUGCAGACUUCUGAGAACGUGGCCUCGCGGUAUGGCAUUAGUCGGCGUGAGCAGGAUGAGUUUGCCGCGGAAAGUCAGAAGAGGGCGAGUGAGGCGCAGAAGGCGGGCAGGUUCAAUGCUGAAAUUGUCCCUAUUCAUGCUAGACACGUCAGUGAGGGUAUUGAUGAGAUCACUUAUCAAAUUGUGGACCGUGAUGAGGGUGUUCGCCAUGGAGCUACCGUCGAAAAGCUGUCGACUCUCAAGCCUGUUCUGGAAAACGGCUUCAGCACAGCCGGAAACUCAUCUCAAAUAUCCGACGGCGCAUCAAGCACCGUUCUCGCUAGCCGACCCUGGGCCGAUGCACACGGUCUGAAACCCAUUGCCCGUUUUGCCGGGACCCAGAUUGCAGGCUGUGCUCCCGACGAAAUGGGCAUUGGCCCUAUAUUCGCUAUUCGGAACUUAUACAAAUAUCUCGGUAUCGAGAACAAGGACGUAGAUCUCGUGGAGAUGAAUGAGGCAUUUGCCAGCCAGUCAAUUUACUGCCUCCGAGAGUUGGGCAUCGACAUGAGCAAAACUAAUGUCAACGGUGGAGCCAUCGCGCUCGGUCAUCCUGUAGGUGCGACUGGUGCUAGACAAACCGCUACUCUGCUUGCGGAGCUACAGCGACAGGAUAAGGAAAUGGGGAUCGUGAGCAUGUGUGCCAGUACUGGCAUGGGAGUUGCAUCUCUAUUCAUUAGGGAGUAGACAAUGCGGACUUAUCAUCGAUCUCAUACAUUACUAUAGGUAGAUUUAGAAAUGAGGGUUUCACUGAGG